UGCCUGUUCCCCGCCAUCUUGGUUACUCCAUCGGGGCCGCCUUCACAUGCUCCAAAACCCGGUUGACCACGCGCCCAUCCUGACUUGACUUUUGCACCAAAGUGCUCUUGCGCCCAGGUAAUGCUUCAGUCCACCUCUUUGUUCUCAUCCCGGUCCUCUCCUCCGUCUUGUCCGUCUCCUCGUCGCCUCCUCCGUCCUGACCUGCCACCCGCCAUUUGGUGUUCCUUCACUAUACGCUAAAUGAUGUAAUAUGAAGUAGACGAAGCUUGUAUGGCAGCAAUUGAUCUUGACCUUCCGUGGCUGGAAUACCAACACAUGUCCACCCCAGAAAAGCCUUCCUACAACGAUGCUUCGUCCAUUCCUACCGGCAGUAGUAGCGGUGUUGCUAGGGACCCGUCUCCAACUGUUGCCGCCUUCUCUCCUCCCUCACUAGGGCGCAGUGAUCCUACUUCGCUACGCCAGCGCUCCACGAUCCUAGUGCACCAGAAGUCACCUCUCCUAGUUGCGACGCCGCCUCAGGUUACACGUACCUUGGCAUAUUCGUACCCAUUUAUUCAACCUCUGAACAAGAUAGUCGGCCUUCUGACAUGGACCUCUGGGGAUCCGUGGGAGAGCUUUCUCCUGCUCGCGGCCUUCUGGGCCGUGACGCUAUAUGGCGAUCCCGUGAUGCGAUGGGGAGGCCCCGUCGUUGUCGUCAUUUUGCUUAUAUUGGGCAUGUAUUCGCGUCGUUUCUCCUCGCUGUCGACGACGGCGACUGCAGGAGCAAAAGGCCAUCACCGGACAGAAUCGGAGGCCAUGCGUCAUGCAAAGAGCCUCGACGAAAUUGUGGACAAUCUUAAACUAUUCACCAGCAGAUGCAACAUCUUGCUAGAUCCGUUUCUGCGCCUAACAGACCUUCUUUCGACCCAGAGGACUGCCACGAGUGCGACGACGAGACCAGCGUUGAUAGCCAUGUUUACGCGGAUUCUACUAGUGACGCCUAUAUGGAUCUUGUUAACUCUUCCGCCGUUCUACAUCAUCACUACCAAGCGUCUGGUUCUUUUCGUCGGAACCGUAGCGCUUACAUGGCACUGCAGACCGGCCCGCGUUACGCGAACGAUCCUGUGGAGAAGUAGGCACAUUCGACGCGCAACAAGCAUUCUAACUGGCUUGCACAUGUCUGAUCCACUCGACUCGGAAAAAGGCAGCGCAGGGAAGCGGGGUCUUCCGCCCGGAACGAACAAGACGGCGAAUGACAUUGCCGCAAGUUUAAGGGCAAAGAGACAACCUAGCUCGCCGGGAAUUCGCUUCACGUUCACGCUGUACGAAAAUCAGAGACGUUGGCUGCUGCUCGGUUGGACGAGUUCCAUGCUAGCGUACGAGCGCGCUCCGUGGACAGACGAGCAUCUCAACCCGAUGCCACCAAAAGAACUGUUUGAGCUCCCUGACGUUGAAGGAGGACAUGCACGAUGGAGAUGGGUUGAAGGAAGCGAGUGGCAUGUCGACAUGGGGGGUUCGCACACUAGGAAAGACAGUGAUGACGAUGACGAUGAGGAAGGUUGGAUCUACUACGAUAGUAAAUGGAAAGAUGGGCGGCGAGGGAGAGAUAGCUGGGGAAGAUACACACGUCGGAGGAAAUGGUGCAGAGAUGCCGAGUUGGUGGAGAUUACGCCAAGCACAGAAACCACACCGUCACCGACGCCAGCCCAGGAGCAAAGUGAGACUGAGGAUAACUAUGCUCGUAUGGCAGAAUCGACAGCCACUGUCGUACCUUCCUCUGCGAGUACUUCCACCGCAGUGGAAGACGAGACGAACAGUAUGAGCGCCAGCGCGAAAAAGCGAGGGAAGGGGUGGUUUCGGCGAAGAGCAAGCAGCAAAGCCGAGAGUAGUAAGAGCGUCGGAGGGGGAACGACAAGCUCUGUGGGAAGCAGUAGCUUGAAGAGUUACCCGGAUGAGGAGGACGAAUAUAGACAUGCGACGUACUACAACCAGCAAACUCGGGACGAGGAAUGGGUGAGAUAUGGAGAGGAUGUGGGCAUGCAAUUAGGCUAGGAGAACUAAAAAUGAUAUUCGUGAUCAUGACGCUGGAAUUUCUUUUCUUCUGCUGUACGAA